CCCGAUCAGUUUUCCAUAUUAUGUCUCUUGCUUUACUUUAUAUUGGUCUAUUUUGUAUCAUAGCAACGUUACCAUGUAUAUGAAACAGAAAUGUAGAUUCAGCCUGAUACCUUGAUAAAUGAUGUUCAUGAAAGCUCUAGAAUAUACUGACGUUCAAUUUCUUCACUUUCAAGUCGAUAAUCUCAGAAGUAACUAGAAUUUUCUAGACAAAGAUACACUUCGUAUAUAAAAGAACGGCACUUGGAAAUAACCAACCAUCAUCAAACGAAAGCUUAAUUAAUCAACGAAGUACAAUGUCUAUCAUACGCAACGAUCCAUUUUUCGCAGAGCUCUCAGAUUUUGACAGCUUCUUCACUCCGAUUAUUCGUCGUCCACAUAGCAACAAAGAGGGUGGCAACGUAUUAAGAGGACAAUCCUCAUUGUUUAGACCAUCACUUGAUGUCCAAGAAGUUGACAAUGGAUACCUCGCUCAGCUCAAUUUACCAGGUUUGAAGAAAGAAGACGUCGACAUCUCACUCGAUAAGGGUCUUCUGAACGUAAAGGCCUCUCAGAAACAGGAAACUGUUCAAGACGAUAGAAACUGGCAUAUUCGUGAGAGACACUUUGGCGAAUUUUCGCGUUCUUGGGCUGUCCCACCAGAAUUAACUCAUGAAGAUAUCAAAGCUAGUCUCAAUGAUGGUGUCUUAACACUCAAUUACCCAAAGAAAGAUGCUGAGGGUGCUAAGAAAAUAACGAUCAGCUAAAUUGACCUAACUUAAGUAUUUUGAACUCUUCUUCUUGGAUAUCUUUAUAUGUAUGACUUACUAUAAUAUAUAAUGAUUUAUUAUUUACACAUUUCUGUCUAUAAUGGUUUCUUUGUUUGUUCAGACAAAUCGAGAACGAGCGAAGUGCGUCAGAAAUAAAGUUUGCUGGUAAAACUAGUGAUAGCAUAGCUAUACAUCACAUAGAAAUGCUGUUAGUAAAUAACGCCAUAUCCAGGUAGAUGUUGAAUGAAUAUCUAGGUUCAUUACAGCAGGAACGAUAAGAAGCAGGAACACUUCAGUUAAGGUUAGAACAACAUCUCAAGGUGUGAUGACGUACUCAAUAAUCCCUUUUGAUAUCCCGGAAAGAUGAUACUUUCAAGCAAUCGGCCGCUUUUCAUACAACAUACCUCAUUCAACAAUUUGGUAUCAAUAUCAA